AUGGCGGCGCCGUCGUCGGCGUCCAGAACACCCCUUGUCGCCUGCCGAGCCAUCUCGACGACGAGCGCCGCCCGAAGCAGGAACACAGAAUGGGUCCGCGGUAAGCUGUGGAAAGGCGAGGCGCCUGGCCCAGAGGACCCCUAUACGCAACGUCCGGAACCCGAGGAUGCCUCAAAUUUGCCAGAAGAGGCGCUCGAGUUCCCGGGGAGGGCGGACAAGACGCCAGCGGCUGUUCUAGAGUCUCGGUUAACACUGCCGCCGAGGCGAAGCGAAGCCGCGUCCGAGAAGGAGUUGAAGUCCUCAGAUCCGUCGUAUGCGCCCGCUACCGAGGCGGAAGGACUGGAGGAGAUUGGCGCGCUGAGCACCUGGUGGGAGCAGCCAGGCCACUGGGGACAAGAGAGUGAAUUCAGGGGAUUCGGCAGCGCAGAAAAGGUGGUGGACAAGGAUGUCGUCGAGGUGCACUUGCGACGGGCCGUUGUCGAGGUCCUCGCUCUCCGGGACACUGGCGUCCUGUCGGAGUGGGCAACGAAGAAGUGGCGAGAGGGACCUCGCAGCGAGCUGGACCAGACGCUGGCCGCGGAGGUCCAGGUUCAAGGCGGCCAGGCUUCGUUGAAGGGAGAUGUCGCCACCAUUGCACGGAAUCUCACGGCCGAGGCCGACGGGGCGGAGGCGGAGGCAACCGACAAGAUUCGUCCCGAGGAGGCCCGCGAGAUGCUCAAGACGUGGGACGCGUCAUGGAAGGACCUCGUCCUGGAUGACCAGCUCAAAUUCGCUCUUCGCAAGCGUCUCUACCAGCUCACGGGCACCCUCGUUGCCGAUGCCAAACUCGGCGCCGCGCGCACCGUCAAGCACAUGUUGACUCUUGCUGCCAAGAAACCGCAGCCCAAGAAGCUAGCCGAAGUAUUGGCGACACGUGGCGAUCUUCAGAAACUCGGCAAUAUCAAGGUGCACAGCCGCAAGAUUGGACCUGUGGAAAGGGAGACGGCCCUGGGUCGGUGGAAGGUGAUUGAGGAGGAGUUGACCAAGCGUGGCUUGCCUGUCACCGGCACGGCAGGCCUGUCCAAGAGCAAGGAAAGGGAUUGGAUUUCAGGCAAGAUCUGA